GUUUUUUAUUCAGUUGAAGAUUCAAAGGUACUCCUAAGCAGAUUUCUGAAGCUCUUUUUCCAUGUAAUUCCCUCCUCUCCAGAAUUCUGUCCCACAAAUUCCAACCAACUUGGCCUACCCCAAUUUCCUCAACUGCAAUCCCUGUCUUCUCAACCUGGGAGAUCCCAGGUUUCCAUUUGAUUUCCCUUCUCUGCACCACAGACUGGAAAUGGCCUCUGGGCAAAAGGGCAGAGUGAUAUAGGGCUCCUUUUGUUUCUCUUCUCUCACGUGAAACUAUCCACAGCUGCCUGUUGUCCAAUGUCUGAGGAGUUGUUUCCUAUAUCUUGUUCCGUUUUCUAAUUGUUUACAGUGAGACACUAAGUCCAGACCCAUUUUCUUUUCUUGUCCAGAAGUGUAAGUUUUAGGAAACUCCUUAUGGAAAAUGUGAAUUGCUUUAUUAUUUUUUAUGGUUGAAAAUAUCUUUCUCUAUGAUAUCUCCCCACUCACCCUACUUUUUCCCUUCUCAGUAAACGCUGACGCGAUCAUCCAUUCCGGUGCUACCCUCUAGUGUCCAGAUUAGAUCCUUGCGCAACUUCAUCCCGUGCUAGUUCCGCCCACGGCCGGCCACGCCCAGUGUUCUCACCGGCGCGCCUCCCUCUUGUUCUUCCUCCCUCCCCUGUGGACUGCGGCGCUGGCGUUCCGUGCACGCCGUCUCACUGCGCCUGCGCGGCGUUUGGACGCCACACGCUCCCGGAAGUAGGAGGUGGCCGCCGGAGUUUGUGUGGCCGCCGCCGCGGGAACGCGAGCCCGGUAAUUUUUCAACGGAGAAAGGCGAGGCUUUCGGGCUCGGCCAAGUGAGAGUGAGCAAGUGUCUGGCUCCAGCAGCUUUCCUCUGGCGUGACAGCCGGCAUGGAGGAACCACAGAGUAAAGAGCCUGCCAGCGAGGCCGUGACUCCCGUGUUGCUGGAGUCGCCGCGGCCGGAGGGCCGGGAGGAGCAGCCGCGUCCCAGUCCCGAGGAAACUCAACAGUAUAGAUUUGAUGGCCAGGAGACAAAAGGAUCCAAGUUCAUUACCUCCAGUGUGAGUGACUUUAGUGACCCAGUUUACAAAGAGAUUGCUAUUACGAAUGGCUGUAUUAAUAGAAUGAGUAAGGAAGAACUCAGAGCUAAGCUUUCAGAAUUCAAGCUUGAAACCAGAGGAGUAAAGGAUGUUCUAAAGAAGAGACUGAAAAAUUAUUAUAAGAAGCAGAAGCUGAUGUUAAAAGAGAGCAAUUGUGCUGACAGUUACUAUGACUACAUUUGUAUUAUUGACUUUGAAGCCACUUGUGAAGAAGGAAACCCACCUGAAUUUGUACAUGAAAUAAUUGAAUUUCCGGUUGUUUUACUGAAUACGCAUACUUUAGAAAUAGAAGACACAUUUCAGCAGUAUGUAAGACCAGAGAUUAACACGCAGCUGUCUGAUUUCUGCAUCAGUCUUACUGGAAUUACUCAGGAUCAGGUAGACAGAGCUGAUACCUUCCCUCAGGUACUAAAAAAAGUAAUUGACUGGAUGAAAUUGAAGGAAUUAGGAACAAAGUAUAAAUAUUCAAUUUUAACAGAUGGUUCUUGGGAUAUGAGUAAAUUCUUGAACAUUCAGUGCCAACUCAGCAGGCUCAAAUACCCUCCUUUUGCUAAAAAGUGGAUCAAUAUUCGGAAGUCAUAUGGAAACUUUUACAAGGUUCCUAGAAGCCAAACCAAACUGACAAUAAUGCUUGAAAAAUUAGGAAUGGAUUAUGAUGGGCGGCCUCACUGUGGUCUUGAUGACUCUAAGAAUAUCGCCCGAAUAGCAGUUCGAAUGCUUCAGGAUGGGUGUGAACUCCGAAUCAACGAGAAAAUACAUGCAGGACAGCUAAUGAGUGUGUCCUCUUCCUUACCAAUAGAGGGCACUCCACCGCCACAAAUGCCACAUUUUAGAAAGUAACAGCAGUUUUGUGUGUGGAUCAUUCCAAUUGAAGUUGCUAUGAAGAGGUAGCAGAUGAAUCUCAUUGAAUUAGUCCUAUAGUGCAAACUUUAAGCACCUUAAAACAUUUAAGAUCUUAUUACAGGUGAUAGAGAUAGGUAGAUGUAUGUGAACAGAUUUUGCAGGAAGGCGUACUGAAUUCUUUGUCACCAGCACUUUUGAUAUGAGCAGUGUUUGUUACACAGUGACAGUUCCUGCUUAGAACUGACUUUUAUAAUUUAAGGUGUUCACUAUAUUUUCUUUGGUUUUAAAAUGGAAAAUCCCAUUGGCUGUUCUCUUGAAUGUCAUAUCAUACUGGUGUUAAAAUAUGUAAUGUAUUUCUUUAUUAACAUCACUAGAUGAAACCAUAUCUUAAAAUGCAGAAGUGAUUGGAAGGUAGGUCUUAUCUAGCCUUUGGAUUUCAAGAAUAUCAUAGUCCUUUUGGUUUUUCAGAGUUUAUAUAUGAAGUUCACCAUGUAUGUGAUGAAUUUCAUAAGGUACUUGGUAUACAUGUUUGCCUAUGUUUCUUUUCAACUCAUAAUUGGAAGAAUUGUGAUCAAUUAUAGGAUCUGGUUAAAAAUUCAGUUACUGAAGGAAUUAAUGAGAACUUGGAAGAAAAUACUGAAAGGACUAUCAUAAGGGCUGUAGCUCAAACUUCAUAAUACAUAAAUCACUGGCGUCUUUUUGGAUUUGGUUGUUUGAUUCUCCUUCCUUUUUUGACAUAUAUAUGCCUUAAUUCUUAAAUCUGAGGGACCAUGCUUUGAAAUAGACUGAAAAUUAAGGGUCACCACCUAAUUUUACUUUGUAUUCAGUAUCAUAAGUGAGGUUAAUAAAGUCAAUACUUUCUACCACAUAUUAUGUUUUUGUUAUUAAAAAACUUCAUUGGCCACAAGUGAAGUUAGUCAAUAAAAUGCUUGUUUUUCUGAUUUUAC